AUGGUCAAAUUCUCUUCCCGGAUCCCCAAAACCCAGACCUUGGUUGUAGGAGGCCAAGAGUAUCCAGAGGUCAAAUGGUGGAAACACAGAUCUCUCAUUCACUUGCAUUUCCUUUGCGCAAUUUUGCUGCUGUCUUCGGCCACCAAUGGCUAUGAUGGAUCUAUGAUGAACGGUCUGCAAACCUUGAGCUAUUGGCAGGAUGCUUUCCACCGACCUUCUGCUUCCACCCUCGGGCUAUUGAACGCCAUUUUUUCAGUUGGACAAGUCGUUGGCCUACCUCUAGUGCCCUUUUUCGCGGACCACAUUGGCCGCAAGUGGACCAUCCUGCUUGGAAGCUCCCUGAUCUUCCUGGGCGUGAUCUUGCAGACUGUUUCCAUCAAUAUUGGCAUGUUCAUUGCGGCUCGCUUCAUCAUCGGGCUCGGAAUUGUUUAUACUCAGAGUUGCUCUCCAAUGCUCAUCACCGAAUUGUCUCACCCUCAAUAUCGUGCGAGGCUGACGACAAUCUACAACACCCUGUGGUAUCUGGGCUCCAUUAUCGCUAGUUGGACAACGUAUGGCACUCUCAAGAUGCAGAGUCAAUGGUCCUGGAAGCUGCCUAGUAUAUUGCAGGCAUUCCCUUCGGUGAUCCAACUCUUCUUGAUCUGGCUCGUUCCCGAGAGCCCCCGGUAUCAUAUCGUCAAAGGCCGUCACAAAGCAGCCAAGAAGAUAUUCCAGCGCUUCCACGGCCCCGCUUCGGGUCACGAGUUCGUCGAAAGUGAAUAUCGCGAAGUCUUGGAAACUAUGGCGCUCGAGAAAGAAUUCGCCUCCCGCGGCAUCUCCGAACUUUGGGCAACCAAAGGCAAUCGACACCGCUUGCUAAUUGUCACCACAGCAGGUAUAUUCUCUCAAACAGCAGGUUCAGGAAUAGUGAGCUAUUAUAUCUUCCUCGUCCUGUCGCAGAUUGGCAUCACGGAUUCCAACUCUCAGCUCGUCUUGAACGGUUGCUUGACGAUUUUCAACAUGUGUAUCGCAACGGGGAUGGCAUUUGCGGUCGACAAACUCGGCCGUCGCCCUCUUUACCUGACGGCAACCUUCGGAAUGUGCAUAGCCAUGACGGGCUGGACAAUCGCUAGUCAACAGCAGCAGACGCAUGGAACCACGGCAGCCGGACGGGCGGUGAUCGCGCUGAUCUUCAUCUUCAUGUUCUUCUACAACCUAGCCUGGUCGGGCCUGCUGAUCGGGUACGUCGUGGAGAUUUCGCCCUUCUAUCUCCGGUCGCGGUACUUGACCGUCAUGCUCCUUAGCGUGGCGGCAGGCUUGUUCUUCUCCAACUAUGUGAACCCGGUCGCGCUCGAGAACAUCCAGUGGAAGUACUACCUGUGUUACAUCAUCUGGCUGGCGAUCCAAUCCGUGGUCGUGUACUUCUUCUACAUCGAGACCAAAGGGCACACGCUGGAGACGAUCGCGAUCUGUUUCGACGGCGAAGACGCGAAGAUCGGCGGCCAGGCCGCGACGGCAGGGACGGGAGCUGCUCGGGAAGUUGGAGGAUAA